CCCCGCCGCCAUCUUGGUCUAGGAGGGAGCGGGCCGCACGCGUGAGUAAACAGCCCCAGCCGGGCAAGUGGAGCUCGGGCCGUGUCCGGGUGCUGCGGCGCGGCGGCGGAGAGGACGCAGUCCUGAUCGCCGUACGUGGGGGUCCAGAUCCGGGUCACGGUGCUAGGCCGCGCGAACCGUCAGUCUGGUGCAGCCUCCGCCCCCUCGCGGCGAGAUGCCUUGCUCCCCGGGCUUCUCCCGCCCCCCGGCGGUCUCCUCCCCCUGUUGAAAGCUGCCCGGGAAAGUGGUGGCGGGAGCGGGCCUGGCCGAGCGCGGCGUGGGCCUGGGUGCGUGUUGCGCGGCGCCGGUGGAGGGUGGCCGACAUGACGGCCCCGGGUCCGAGCCCCCUCGCGCCGCUGUUGGAGACUUUGGAAGACCCUUCUGCCUCUCAUGGAGAGCAGACCGACGCGUACCUGACUCUGACCAGUCGCAUGACUGGAGAAGAUGGAAAAGAAGUCAUUGUAGAAAUCGAGAAAAAACUUCCUCAGCUAUACAAAGUCUUAAAGACUCACAUUUCCAGUCAAAACUCAGAGCUCAGUAGUGCUGCUCUACAGGCCUUGGGGUUUUGCUUAUAUAAUCCCAAAAUUACCUCAGGAUUAUCAGAGAAAAAUAUUCAAGAACUGCUUUCAAAAUUGAAUGAUAUUGUUAAGAGUUCAGACAAAAAUGUACGUACUAGGGCACUUUGGGUGAUUUCCAAGCAGACGUUUCCUACUGAAGUUGUUGGCAAAGUAGUAUCCAAUAUAAUUGAUUCGUUAGAAAUAGUAUUUAAUAGAGGAGAUGUGCAUUCUGCUGUUGUUGAUUAUGAAGCAUUAAAUGUCAUCAUAAGGCUAAUUGAACAAGCCCCAGUUCAAAUGGGAGAAGAGUCAAUUAGGUGGGCAAAACUGGUUAUACCUUUAGUGGUUCAUUCAGCCCAAAAGGUACAUUUGCGGGGAGCAACUGCUCUAGAGAUGGGAAUGCCUUUGUUGCUUCAGAAACAACAAGAAAUAGCAUCUAUCACAGAGCAGCUUAUGACUACCAAAUUACUUUCAGAACUCCAAAAGCUAUUUAUGAGUAAAAAUGAGACUUACGUGUUAAAAUUAUGGCCUUUGUUUGUCAAACUUCUUGGGAAGACCUUGCAUCGAAGUGGGAGUUUCAUUAAUUCUCUGUUACAGCUGGAAGAACUAGGAUUUCGUAGUGGCGCACCCAUGAUUAAAAAAAUAGCUUUUAUUGCCUGGAAGAGUUUAAUAGAUAAUUUUGCUUUAAACCCAGAAAUACUAUGUAGUGCAAAAAGACUGAAGUUGCUAAUGCAGCCUUUGAGUUCCAUCCAUGUGAGAACAGAAAGUCUAGCGCUAACAAAACUAGAAGUCUGGUGGUAUUUAUUGAUGAGACUUGGACCUCAUCUUCCUGCUAAUUUUGAACAGGUUUGUGUUCCUCUGAUUCAAAGCACAGUCAGUAUCGACUCCAGCGCUGCACCUCAAGGCGGUUCAUCUCGUGCAGCGCCUUCUCCAGGUGUAAACCCUGGGACUCCUGUGCACAAGGGUGCCUCGGCAUAUGGAUCUCCUGUAACUCCCCGGAUGAACUUGAAUUCCAAUUUUGGUGGAAUGGCCACAAUCCCCUCUAUUCAACUUUUGGGACUUGAAAUGUUGCUUCAUUUUUUGUUGGGUCCAGAAGUCUUGAAUUUUGCUAAGCAAAACAAACUUGUAUUGAGCUUAGAACCACUCGAACAUCCGUUAAUCAGCAGCUCUUCUUUUUUUUCCAAGCAUGCAAAUACACUUAUCACUGCUGUUCAUGAUAGCUUUGUUGCAGUUGGAAAAGAUGCUUCUGAUGCAGUUGUCAAUGCUAUUUGGAAGGAACUAAUUAGCUUGGUGAAGUCAGUUAUUGAAUCAGGUAACAAAAAAGAGAGACCAGGUUCUGAAGUUUUGACUCUCUUUUUAAAAUCUUUGGAAAGCAUAGUGAAGUCAGAAGUAUUUCCUGUAUCGAAAACACUGGUCCUCAUGGAAAUUACAAUUAAAGGACUUCCUCAGAAAGUAUUAGGUUCACCAGCAUAUCAGGUUGCUAAUAUGGAUAUUCUUAAUGGAACUCCUGCUUUGUUCUUAAUUCAAUUAAUUUUCAACAACAAUCUCUUGAAAUGUGUAGAAGAUGAAAGGUUUUUUCUCAAUCUGGAAACACUUGUAGGCUGUGUUCUUUCUGGUCCAACUUCACCACUAGCUUUCAGUGACUCUGUUUUAAAUGUUAUUAAUCAAAAUGCAAAGCAGCUGGAAAACAAGGAGCAUCUUUGGAGAAUGUGGAGUAUUAUAGUCACCCCAUUAACUGAAUUGAUUAAUCAGACCAAUGAAGUAAAUCAAGGUGAUGCCUUAGAACAUAAUUUUAGUGCCAUCUAUGGUGCACUGACUUUACCAAUAAACCAUAUUUUUUCAGUACAGAAAUUUCCAGUGACCACCAUGAAGACCUUACUUAGAACUUGGUCAGAACUGUAUAGAGCAUUUGCCCGCUGUGCUGCUUUGGUGGCAACUGCAGAAGAGAAUUUGUGCUGUGAGGAACUUUCUUCCAAGAUAAUGUCCAGUUUGGAGGAUGAAGGCCUUUCAAAUUUGUUCUUCUUGGAUAGAAUCAUUCAUGUUAUUACUGUAAUGGUUGAUUGCAUCGACUUCUCACCAUAUAAUAAUAAAUAUCAGCCCAAAGUUAAAUCACCGCAGAGAACUUCAGAUUGGUCCAAAAAGAAGAAAGAGCCCCUAGGGAAAUUGGCUUCUUUAUUUAAACUUAUUGUCAGAGUGAUCUGUUCUUUCCACACUCUGAGCCUCAAGGAAGUACAUUCUGAUACUCUCCUUGCUGUCGGCAGUUCAAUCACCAGCAUUCUUUCCAAUGUACUUGGACAUAUUUCUUUACCUUCUAUGAUCCGAAAAAUAUUUGCAACUUUAACCAGACCUCUGGCAUUGUUCUACGAAAACUCAAAGCUUGAUGAGCUUCCUAAAGUGUAUAGUUGUAUGAACAACAAGUUAGAAAAGCUUCUAGGAGAAAUUAUUGCUUGUCUGCACUUCAGCUACACUGGAACUUAUGACAGUGAACUUCUGGAACACAUCUCUCCGUUACUAUGCAUAACAUUUUUGCACAAGAAUAAACAGAUUCGAAAACAGAGUGCUCAGUUCUGGAAUGCCACAUUUGCUAAAGUGACGAUGUUGAUUUAUCCUGAAGAGUUAAAACCAGUACUAAGACAAGCCAAACAGAAAUUUCUGCUUCUGUUGCCUGGUCUGGAAAAUGUUGAAAUUACGGAGGAAUCCAGUGGACCAUAUUCAGAGGGAAGAGAAAAUUCACAGUUAAAUAUGAAGAUAAGUGGCAUGGAAAGAAAAUCAAGCGGAAAAAGAGAUUCUUUUUUGACACAAACCAAGGAUACAAAAGGAAAUAUGAAACCACCAGCCAAAUUCAAACCAGAAUCAACUCCAAAAACGAAGAGUGAAAUGCCUUUGGAAGAAGAAAAGUCUGUUGACUUUGUGUUUAUACCUCCAGAAGGAAAAGAAGCCAAGGAAAGAAUACUGACUGAACAUCAGAAAGAAGUACUCAAAACAAAGAGGUGUGAUAUACCUGCCAUGUAUAAUAAUCUGGAUGUUUCACAAGAUGCUUUAUAUUCUCAGUAUGGUCAGGAAGAAUCUAUGGAAAUUCCUACCGUAAUUGAAAAAUCAAAGGAAGAUUCCAAGGAGGAACAAAUGGAGAGUGACAUUGUCAUUCCUCAAGAUGUCACAGAAAACUGUGGUAUGGAUGAACGUCUUGAAAAAGCUUCCCUUUCAAAUAAUGGGUGUGGUUCCAUUGAGGAAACUAGUCCAGAAGUACUGGACAGUAAUGAUGCUGGAAAGAAGGCUUUAAUUUCAUCGAAGGAAACAUCAUCUGAAUGUGCAGCUAGUGCAGAAAACACUUUUGGUGUCAGCAGUAGCUCAGUUUCUAAUGCCACUAUUUCUGGAACUCCCCUACAGCCUACAAGUCGAAGGCAAUCCUUUAUUACUUUGGAGAAGUUUGAUGGUUCAGAAAAUAGACCUUUUAGUCUGUCCCCCUUGAAUAGUAUGUCUUCAACUGUUACAGUGAAAAAUAACCAAGAAGACACUACUAAAGCAGAUACUCCACUAAAAGCGAAGGGAAGAGAAGUGGCUCUUUCAAAAUGUGACUCUGAAAAAAUAGUGCAUGGAAUUAAGAGAUCAAGCCGGAGGUCGAAUAAAGCAGAACAAACAGGGAAUAAAAGAUCUAAGCCCUUAAUGAGAAGUGAUCAGGAAAAAAAUACGCAGGAAUUCAUUGAUGGCGUGGCAGCCUUAGAAAAUAACCCACCUGGUUUGCUUAAUCAAACAGAGUGUAUUUUAGAUAAUCAAGUUCAUCUUUCUGAAUCUACAAUCGAGUGUGGAGAUACAAUGCUUAGACCAACGAUGGAAAAUGCUAUAUUAUUAGAAAACAAUACUGUAGAAGAGAAAACCUUAGGAGCUAAUUUGGAAUCUAAAGAAAAUACACCCCCAGCUGCGAUACCAGCGGAUCAAAUGAUAAAUGAGGAUAGUCAUGUUCAGAUAACUCCAAAUCAAAAAACCCUCAGACGCUCCUUAAGGCGACGUUCUGAAACAGCAGAGCCUACCACUGAGAGCCAAGAUAAAGAAAAUAAUCAUCAAAAAAAGGAAAGACGUAAGGAAGAAGAAAAGCCUCUUCAGAAGAGUCCAUCACAUGUAAAAGAUGAUGUGUUACCUAAGCAAAAACUGAUUUCUGAACAAACCAUACAGGAAAACUUAGUUGAGAAAGGAAAUAAUUUACAUGAGAAGACUUUUGGGGAAACCAGCACAAAUGCUGAAAUUGAUGAAAAUAGAAGAAAGGCAGACCUUGAGAAUACUAAAUCUGAGGGAGAUGGUGCCCAGGACGUUGCAGAUAAGUCCUCUGAGAAACCAGUAAUGGGACGAACACGGUAUCAAACAAGGAGAGCAUCCCAGGGUUUACUUUCCAGCAUUGAAAACUCAGAAUCUGAUAGUUCUGAGGCGAAAGAAGAAGGUUCCAGAAAGAAGAGAUCUGGGAAAUGGAAAAACAAAAGCAGUGACAGUGUUGACAUUGAAGAUCAGGAAGAGAAAAUGGUGAAACAAGAAUGUAUAAAAGUUGAAAAGCAGACAGAUGAUUAUAAAGGAAAUUCUGAAGUAGACAUAGAUAUAAAAUCUCAAAUUUGUGAGGAAAAAGACAAAAGUAGUACUAUAACUCUUCAAGAUUCUACAAUAUCUUCAGAUGUAUCUCAAGUUUCUGAUGAUAUAUCAAAUACUUAUGAGGGAAAAAGCGAAGCCAACAAAUGUUCAGAAUAUUCCUUUUCAAAUCUUCCUGUACCAGAAUCAAAUCUAAGGACUAGAAAUGCCAGUAAGAGAUUACAUAAGCGAGAUUCUAUAGAAAAUAACAGUGUGGGAGAAUCCACAAAUGCAGUGACUCCAGAUGUUAUUUUGCUUUCUGAAAAAACUCUCCAAACACCUGAAUGCCAACACAAGAGAAGUAGGAGGGUGAGGAGAUCUAAAGGUUGUGAUUGCUGUGGAGAAAAAUCACAACCUCAGGAAAAGUCAUUCACUGGGUUAAAGAAUAUAGAAAAUUAUGAUAUAAAGGUCAGUGAAACAAAAAUACCAGAUGUGCAAACACCUGAAGCUAUAUCAGAAACUUCUAAAGCUAAUCUGUACUGUGGGGUAAAGCUUUUAGAUGAGCAUCAUAGUGUGAAUUUUAAUUUGGGUCUCAAGGAGGAGAAUGAUACUACUAAUAAUUCAUUAAUUGUAUCUGAAACUGAGUUGAAAGAAAAUACUAUUCAAGACUCGCUUCCUUCUGAAAUAGUAAAUUUUACAGAAGAAAUUUAUGAUACAGAUUCUGAGGAAGCAGUAUCUGUCGAAAGCCAAGAGCUAUCCGAUAAAAAAUGUAAAACUGUUGGCCCAUGUUUAAGUGAUUCCAAAGAUAUUUCGCUGGAAUGUUCUACUUUCGAGACCAAAGAAGAAAUAUCAGAGGCUAUCCUGAAAAAAGAACCAAGUAUAGAGAACAGUGUUAAUAUUGAGGCAAAUGCUUGUAAAUUAAAAGCAGAAUCCAAUCCAGAAGGAGUAGAAGGUAUGGAAUUGGAUGUAGAAACUGAUAAAUCUGAAGUUAGCUUUUCUGAACAAAAGAGUGCUGGAGGUGCGGUUUCUGAGGAAAGGAUAACAGAGGAAAACUGUGAAAGAAGUGAUGAAUCUGAAGCAGAUGCAGGUGAAAAAUUGAAUGCUGAAGAAGCAGUAAUUGAGGAAUUUAAUUCAGUUAUUGGUCAUUCUGAUAACACACCUGUAAAAGUGAGUGCUCAGAUAGAGAUUUCUGAACAAACAGCAGUUGGGGAACAAACGGCAGUUGGGGAACUAAGUGGAGGAAGUGAUGAAUCUGAUCUAGGCUCAUCUGAAGAAAGGGAUGCUGAAAUGGAACAUUGUGAAGAAACAGUGAUCAGUGAGGUGAAUGCUGAAACUGACCAUGUUAAUGAAACAGAAGAUGGAGACCUGACUAGCAAAGCCUCUAAGCCUGUAGAAUCCGAAACAGAGAGAUUGAAUGUAGAAGUUGACAGGGCUGUUCCCAACACACUUGAGGUGAGCACUGAAGAAGGAAAAGUUGACUGUGAAACAAAUAUGAAACUUAAUAGAUCUGAAGUAACAAAAUUAGGUGACAGUCAAAUGGUAGUGCGAAAUGAUGAAAUUUUACAGGAAAUUCCUACUUUAGAGAAGAUGGAGGAAACAGCACAGUCUCUGAAAUCUAAAACAACUAUCUCUGAGCUGGCAACAGAAGACAAUGAUACGUCUCCUCAAAAAUUAAGGGAACUUGAUCCUUUACUGAUGGCAGCAAAUGACAGUCCUAGGGGCAUGCAGACACGCUGUGUCUGGUCUCCUUUGGCUUCUCCUUCCACCAGCAUUUUAAAGAGAGGACUAAAAAGGCCCCUUCAAGAAGAUGAGAUCUCUUCACCUGUUCACAAGGUUCGCCGUGUCUCCUUUGCAGAUCCAAUAUACCAAGCAGGAUUGGCAGAUGACAUUGAUAGACGGUGCUCUGUUAGGUCCCAUUCUUCAAAUACUUGUCUCAUAGUAAAAAAUGUUAAAACUUCACCUACUGCACAGUUUAAGCAUAUUACCACUUCAACCAAAGGAUUUCUGUCCCCAGGAUCACGUAGCCCUAAAUAUAAGAGCUCAAAGAAGUGUUUAAUUGCAGAAAUGGCUAAAGAAUCCAUGCCAUGCCCAACAGAAAGUGUUUACCCAGCUUUGGUGAACUGUUUGGCACCAGUUGACAUCAUUUUACCUCAGAUUACAUCAAACAUGUGGGCAAGAGGACUGGGACAACUUAUUAGAGCCAAGAAUAUAAAAACAAUUGGUGAUUUGAGUACUCUUACAGCAUCUGAAAUAAAAACUCUUCCUAUCCGUUCUCCGAAAGUGUCCAAUGUAAAAAAGGCUCUCAGAGUCUAUCAUGAGCAGCAGGUGAAGUCUCGUGGACUAGAAGAGAUUCCAGUUUUUGAUAUUUCUGAGAAAACAGUAAAUGGAAUAGAAAAUAAAUCUCUCUCUUCUGAUGAAGACAGACUUGCCUCAGAUUUAAUUAAUCCUGUUGCUUUAGAAACUCCGCUAUCUAAAAAUCUCGUGGCACAGAUUAGUGCACUUGCUCUUCAACUGAAUUCAGAAGAUCUCCAUAAUUAUUCAGGAAGUCAGCUAUUUGAAAUGCAUGAGAAACUUGGUAGCAUGGCAAACUCUAUAAUAAAAAAUCUGCAGUCACGUUGGAGGUCGCCAGCCCAGGAAAAUUCUGUCUAGUAUUUUAAGAGGAAAUUGAAGUGUUUUUAACGUCACUGAAUUUGUUGAUUCAUCAAAUAAGUCCUGAAAUAUAGCACAAUUUCAGAGUGAAUGUUUGCAAAGUUGAUAACAUUUCAAAUCUUGAAGGGCAAUGACUUAAUAUGUAAGUUCAGUUUUGUAAGUUUAUUACGUGAGAUCAUUUCUUUCCACAUAAUGUAUUUUCUUGGCUGCUAUGUGUGCUUUCCCUCCAAAUUUAAAUAUCUUACUGAAAUGUAAAAGCAGAAAAUAGAAACAAAAGCAUACUUUUUAUUUUACACUUAAACUCAUGCAUAUUCUAAUGAAACAUUUUAUGUAAAAUAUAUCUUAUUUUUAAAUAAGUAAAAUUGAAAAUUUUUAUUUGAAUUUUUUGCUGAACUGAUACAGGUGUUUAUACUUGAUUUCUUUUUUUUAAUCUAUUUUUGUUUUGCCCAAGGUUUAAGAAACUUGUUCUCAGUAAGACACCUCAAAUGAGAUGCAAAAGAGUUGUAACAUUUUUCACAGAUGUCAGCUUUGUUUGGACAACUUUCAAGAAAAAUACCAAAAGUUUCAACUUUUGAGGUUAAAAUAUUAAAGCAGAAUUUACUAAGAUUCCAUUCAUUUAUUUGCAUUAGCAAAUAUUUGUGCAGCAGCAUUUGCCUGUGAAAAUUAACUCUUAUGAGACAUAUAGUAUUCAUUUUGAAAUGCACGACUAUUUGUACAUUAUGUAUAGAUUACAGUGGUUUUAAUUUAUAAAUUUCAGCCUUCAUUAAUUGCAUGAAUUUUUCUGCAGCUUCUUGUGAAUACAUUUGUUUUGUUUAUAGAAGCAUAUUUUGUAUAUAUUAAGUACUGAAUAUCAGUAUGGACAGUACAAGUGCUUUGUGGGCUUGCUGCAGAUGUUUGUAGAGUUCUGUAUCUAAAGAUAAAACAACAAAUAGUUUUGUACUUAGUUAAUAGUCUUAGUUAAAUCACAACUUUAUUUUCUAAAGUAACCAAAUUGAGUAAAGUUAUAGAAAUGAGAAAGUGUUAAAACUUUGCUACUCAUACCCACAUCUUUUUUUCCCGCUUUUGGUUUGGAAGAGGGUAUCAGCCACUAGACAGUGUGCCUCAUGACAUUCUUUUCAAUGGAGCGUUAGUUUGAGUAUUUUAAUUACCACUUGGACUAUAAGAAACAUAGAGUUUAUCUGUUCUUUCACCUACGCCUAAAGCAAACUUGGAAGAAAUUUGAAACUGUUCUUUGGGAAUAUGUUUGUUUUGCCUAGUUUUAAAAAACAGAGUGUAUAUAAUUAAAAUAUUUGUAAAUUUUACCAACUAGUAUUAGUGCCUGGCUUCCCAUAUUUGUUUUGUCUUUCUAACAGUGAUAAUAUCUCAUUUGUUCUUUGCGUAGAAUGAGUGAGUGAUCUUCUCAGUUUCACACUUUAAUAAGAACUAACCCUUACUUGUAAAGGUGCACAUUUCUUCAGCAAAUUCUAGAAAGUUUCAUCCUGUGUUUCGUUUGCUCCCAUGUUGAGAAGGGGACCGCCAGCCAGCCACAAUAAAAGUUGGUGUCUUUUUCAUAAUCAUAAAUCCAUCAUCAUUACAAAUAUUUUAGGUUCUAAGUUUGAUAUUCAUAUACUGAGGAUAGUUUUAAAGAAAUUCUGGGACUGCUGAACUGAGGAUUGUAGCUUGAAGAAAUUAAUGAAAAAUAGGAAUUUUUUUUAACAAUUGUAAUUGUGGUUUAAAUUGUCUCUCAUUUAUUUCCCAAAUUAUGCUGAUGGUAAAGAAACACAAAUUUUUAGUGAACAAGUAUAGGAAGGGGUUGUGUGUUUGAAGGAGUCAAAAUUAACUCAUUUCAUGACUACGUAUUUUAAUGCUUCUGUGAACUAAACUUGCUGGUGAAAUGAAGUUCUUGGGAAGGUGAACAGUGUAGCAGAAAAUGAUGAAAAUGAUUACUAUUUACUCAAAUCACUGAAUUUGAGGUGAGCACAGAUACUUUAAAACAUUGUGGCUCAACAAGGAUAUAUUUUAAAAUAUUAUUUGAGGGCAAAAGCCAGUUUGCUAAGUCUUCAUUCUUGAUAAUAGUUACAAGUGUAUAUUUGAGGUACCUUAUUUUCAGUAUUCUUGCCUUAAAGUUUUCUACAGUUUUCCCUGAAUGAUUCCUGAAUAGCAGAAAGCAUUAAUAUUCCUUGAUCAGCUCUAGUGUGUUCUUUCAGUAUUAAAGUGAUAAUAGUUUUUUCAAAUAUUUUCUAAUGAUUAAUAAAACAAAUGGAAAAUAUUAGUAAGAAUACUCAAAUGUGAGUUCUUAUUUUAUUCGUUUAUAAAAAUCUAGUUGCAUGCAGAAGCAUAGUAUAAUUUUUCGUGUUCCAAAAUGGAUUUCGUAGUGGAUUUCAAUUUUCAGUAUUUCAAUGAGCCCAUUAAUAAAGAUGCUCCACUAUUUGAACAAGUUUGAAAGCCAGUGUUGAAUGGUCUGGAGCUUGUGCUUUAAUUCCAUGUAGUGCAGGAGGAGUCAGGGUAAACAGUAAUGCUAUUGGGCAAUACAGUCAAAAAGGAGAUGUAAAUCUGAAUAUUAAAAGCAUGAUAGUUCCUGACAUUCCCCAUGGAUUCCUUUUUUUCUGUACAGUUUGAAAGUAGUCAGAGAUUCUCUUAUAUGUUUAAGAAUCAUCAAAAUGUCAAGAAAGUUGGAUUAUAUCUUACCUAAAAGUGACAGGGCAAGUAACAAAAUUUAGGAAAAAUGGGAGGGUUAAGUGUAAAAUAUACAAGUAGAGGUUUUUUAAAAAAAGAUAAAGGAAUGAGAAUAAUUAAAUGUAAGUGCUGUUUAAAAAGCUUGGUUAGUGGAAAUUUGACAACAUGAAUUAAAAGGGGUCCAAUUGUCUCUUAAUGCCAUUCCUUCCAACUUUGACUUAAUAAUCCAGUAAGAAAGACCUAUCUUCCAUCUCAUACCUUUCAUGAUUGAUUUUCAGGGAGAUAAUCUGUCAGGCUGGGAGGCUAUAAAGUAGCAAUUGUUGACAUUAGGCUAAGCUUCGGUGAGAGGAGAGAGCUCUUUGCUCCUUAGCACAAACCGUGUCCAUUUUAUCCCUAAGCCAUUAGAGAGGUCUUGUACUUUGUAUACAAACAUUAGAGUGAAGUUCUGACUUUUAACACAAUGCUCAAACUUGUGUGGAUGUGUGAAAAUGCAGAUUCUGAUUCAGUAGGUCUGCCAUGUAUGGGGCCUGAUAGUUCUAAAAACUCCCACGUGAUCCAUACAAAUGCUCAUGUCUGAACUACACUUGUGGUAGGCAGGCCCAACUGGCUUCAAGCUGUAAAUUAGGUUUUGAUGACCCAAGCAAGUUUAAGUCUUUAGAAUUAUUCCCACAAAAGAUAAAAGGUGGUCAGUCUUUAAGUAACCUCUUCAAAUUUAUGAAUUGGGGAUGCAAACUGGUCUUGAAGGCUUCAAAUUAAAGUUCAAUUGUUGAAAGAAUUUUACCUCUUUUAAAUAUGGAAGAUUUAUGUUUUUAAAUAGGCGGUUAAGUGUUUUGUGUUAUGAAGAACCCUAUUAAGCAGUUUGGACAAUGAGAGUCUUUUCUCAUGAGAAUAUGUGGAUUAUGUUCUGAUUUUUUUAUUAAUAUAAAAGUAAGUUCUAAAAUAUUAGAGAUAUACUGAGUCUCUAAAUGAUUCUUGCCUUCUAAGUUAUGGGACUUUGUUAUUUUAUAAAUAAACAUUGAAAACAGACUAUUCCUCAGAUUAAUUUGCUAGUAGGUAGUACUGUAAGUCGUACCUGACAGAUGUGCCUUGUCAUUUUACUGAAGACUUCUGGUGACUUUGCUGUUAUGUUACAUGGUUGAAAAUUUCUAUUUCAUUAUAAAAUGGAAUUUGAAAGACAGUUGAAUAAUUUGAUUUUCUAAAAGUGAGUUUUCUUGGCAUUCUGUUACGACGUUAUAUUUCCCUCACAUAUUUAAAUACUCUUUGUAAGAACUGCCCUCAUCCAAAGCACUUAAGAAAAUGUAGCCAGAAGUUAAGUAAUGGGUUUUUUUAAUUGAUUUAUCAAAAUUUAUUGAUUUGUUGAUCUGUAAAGGAAAUCUGGGCUUUCCGGUUUCUAAUGGCUCAAUUAAUGAUAUGACUGUUAUAUACCAGGCUUUGUAUAUUGCUUUUUGAAAAUAGCCAUUAAAAUCUGAGUCAUUUGGACUUGAAGAUCUGUAGAUAUUUGAGUAAUAGUCUAACAGAAUCAUGAGUGUUAACUCAGUUCUUGAAAUAGAAUCUUAAAUUUUAUAAUGUAGUCUUAACCAUUUUUUCCUUUAUAUACAAAGCCUUUCACCAAAGAACAAUUAAAACCAAACAUGGAGUGCCAAGCUGUAAAUUUUGAUUCCCCUGAAAUAUACCAUUAGAAUAAAAGAUAAUCUCUCCCCUUACCUGAGAGUAUAAAAUUGAAAGCAGUGUUUUAAAUUGAUGUCACAUGAAAGAGAAAACCUACAUAGCUCUUAACCUCUCCUUCCAGCAGAGGAAACAUCUUAAUGCCACAGUGUACAGAUUUAUAAUUGUGGAUAAAACUAAGUUUAUUAGCACACUUAUAUGCAGGUAGAGAUUGAUGUACUGAUAAAAGAUAAAAUUAGAAAGGAAAAAACCGACUGAGCUGAAUUAUUAAUAGAGUGGUUAGGCCAUGUAGUAUAGGGACAAACAUCCCUAUGUACUUGGAAAUAGCUGGCAGCCAGUGGAAUCCGAGUUAUUCUAUACAUACCAGUACCAUAAUUAAUGUUCAUAAAUACCUUGUGUAAUUAUUAAAAAUAUAUGUUAUUUAAUACUCUGCCCCCCAAAAAGCUGUAAGUUAAGAAAUAAUUUCCAACAAAAGGCAGCAUUAUUUCUUAAAUGGAUAAAUUACAUGUAACUAGGAAGUUCACCUUCAAAAGUGUCAGGGAGCUGAAAAUGGAAUAUGGUAUAGUAGUUAUUUUGAUACUUAAUUAAAUAACAAGUGUCUAAAGAAUUAUUUUUAUAGAAUGAGAAUUUUCUAAUAGAAAAAUGGAAUUAAGGACAGAAUCAGUUUUGAAUAUAGAAACUGAGAGAUGGUAGUCUUACCCAGUAAGUUUUUAAUAGAGCAGGGGUUGACAAACUACUGCCUGCCACCUGUUUUUAAUAUAUCCUAUGAACUAAAAAUGUUUUUUACAUUUUCUAAAUGAUUGAAAAAAGUCAAUAAUAUUUUGUGACACAUGAAAAUAUAGAAAUUAAAAUUUCACUGUCCAUAAAUUAAGUUUGAAACAGUCAUACUUAUUCACAUAUUAUCUUUGGCUGCUGUCCUGCCACCACAGCAGGGUUGAGUAGUCUGACAGACUGUUUGGCCUGUAGCACCUGACGUGUCUACCGUCUGGCCCUUUAUGUCCCUUUUGGAAGUGAUAGUUUUGUUCAUACCUGGCAUGUAGUCAAUUUGGUUAUUUGCUUAUAGCUGGUAAAAUGGCGAUCUUGCUUCCUUAAUCUCUUAAUUUCUAUUGCUGUUAUUUAGAUUUUACUUCAUAAAGUGGGCUCCCCUGAUUACAUUUAUAUCUUACGAUUGCUCAAAUAGACGUGUACUAGGAGAUCCUAGUACUUUGUAGGUAAACUUUUUUCUCCUACUUAAAUUCUUAAAAUGUAGUUAAGUGUUUGCCAUGGAUAUUAAGGGACCAUGAAGCAUGAGAGAAAGGCAUUUGGCACUAAUUGGUUGUCACACCUGUGAAGUAAGUCAGGGGAUCUGGGAGUUUGCUUUCUGUGUUGGUGAGUAAUCGAUUGCUUUCCAUCUAUCUUAACACUACCUCCAGUGGAUAGACUUGAUUAAUAUGCACUUAGAGCAGGACUGAGAGAAGCCAAAUCAGUCAUUUAUUAGCCCUAUAAUAUUUUUGUUCUCAUCAUUUGAUGUACUCUGAGAGCUUAGUUUUACAUUCAGAAAGUAUUUAUAUUUGAUAAAUGAUUUAAGUUGAAACUUCACAGAAGCAUCUGUUCAUUCCUCAGCUACACUUGUAGAUGGGAAAUUAGGGUGCAGCCAGUUUUAUUUGUGUAAUGCUUGUACAAUGUUUGAAGCAGGUAGACCUAUACGAAAAGUGUAUUUUCGGGUUCAUUAUGACAAGGUUGAGGUAGGGAGAAUUUAUGUCUGAUCCACAGUAAAACUUUUCAUGAUCUAUUGAGAGUUGACUGUUACCACUUGCCAAUUGAAACUGGAUAUUGAAACAUUUUUAAAGAGAUGCACUUUAAUCUGAAAUAAAACUAUAAAAAUUAAA